GUUUAAGCUGAACCUCCUACCUGACAGGUUCAGACUGAGAGACUAAAAGACAGUGUGUGUGUGUGUGUGUGUGUGUAGAAGGUUCUGCACCGUGGACUGAACAGUGUGUGAACAUCAUGGCUUACUUCGAAACCAUCAUUUUUGACUAUGAUGGUAACAGCUCUGAAGGAUCCGGGAGCAUGGAUCCUGAAGGUCUGGAGGAGAUCUGUGAUCAAAGCCAGGACUUCCAAAAAGUUUUCCUGCCCGUUGUUUACGGGAUCAUCUUCAUUUUAGGAAUUGUGGGAAAUGGACUGGUGGUGGUGGUGAUGGGAUUCCAGAAGAAGACCAAAAACCUGACGGAUAAAUACAGGCUGCAUCUAUCGGUGGCUGAUCUGCUGUUCGUGUUGACGCUGCCGUUCUGGGCUGUGGACGCCGUGAGCUCGUGGUACUUCGGGAAGUUCAUGUGCGUCGCAGUGAACAUGAUUUACACCGUGAACUUGUACAGCAGUGUCCUCAUCCUGGCCUUCAUCAGCCUGGAUCGAUAUCUGGCCGUCGUACGAGCUACAAACAGCCAGGCAACGAGAAAGCUCCUGGCUGACCGCGUGAUCUACGUAGGGGUCUGGCUUCCAGCCAUGCUCCUCACCGUUCCUGAUCUGGUCUUCACUAAAGUCCAGAACAACGGAGUCAGAGACAUGUGUGAUCGGAUCUACCCUCACGAAGCCAACACGGUGUGGAAGGCAGUGUUCCAUUUCCAGCACAUCCUGGUCGGCUUCGUGUUGCCCGGUUUGGUCAUCUUGAUCUGCUACUGCAUCAUCAUCUCCAAACUGUCCAAAGGCUCCAAGGGUCAAGCGCUGAAGAGGAAAGCGCUGAAGACCACCAUCAUCCUGGUGCUCUGCUUCUUCAUCUGCUGGCUGCCCUACUGUGCCGGCAUCCUGGUAGACACGCUGGUCAAUCUCAAACUGGUGUCAGCCGGAUGCUACCUGGAGAAAGGUCUGAACAAGUGGAUCCUGGUUACCGAGGCUCUGGCGUACUUCCACUGCUGCCUCAACCCCAUCCUCUACGCCUUCCUGGGAGUGCGCUUCAGCAAAUCUGCACGGAGCACCCUGAGCAUCACCAGCAGGUCCAGUCAGAAGUUUCUCACCAAGAAACGAGGACACAUGCCCUCAGUAUCCACUGAGUCAGAGUCGUCCAGCGUGCUCUCCAGUUAGCGCUGAGAGGAACUCCUCGCCCUGGGGGUUUUCCAUCAGACUGUUUGGACUGGUUUCAGAAACGGCUAAAGGACUAAACUUUUUUUUACAAAACUACGCAAUCCAGUUCCAGCUGGAGAUUUUUACACGGAUUUUCACGUUUGUUGGACUUUAUCUCGAUGUUUAUACGAUCAUUUCUUGAAAAGGUUAAUACAUGUUUAUAACUGCUUUAUAACCAUUUCGUAUAGAAGACAAUAGCAAAAAGCUGCUUUUUCACACAGUGUCAUUUUUUUUUGCAAACAAAUUUUUCACGUCAGUUCCCAGAUGUUUAGUCGGUCGUGACGUUUCCACGUACAUGUGUAAAUAUGUUGUACAUAGUUGUGUGUAUGCACUUACGUCUCUUUCUUCUAUUUAUUGAAACAAAUCUGUAGCUCACACUGAAGUCGUUAGCUUUGCGUGGUGUGUGUGUGUGUGUGUGUGUGUGUGUUUCAUUUUUGUUAAGUAGCAUGGUGUUCUGAAUAAAAGGCUUGAUGUUCA